AUGGAGCCUGGUUGUCGAUGCCGUGCGCUGCCGCAGCACAGCGGUUGGACACCGUCAACCCGCAGUCUGGCAACUUCCCUCUCUGGUGUUGCCCUGACGGACAAUCCGUGCAUGCAGUGUUGUCAAGAAGAACCUAAAGCUGAUGCUUAUCGAUCGCCUGUAGUUGUAAGACGUAACACCUCGCGCUCUGCGUUGACGCAGGAGUGGAUUAGGCGACUGCCAGGCAAGGACGCGGCAACUUUUUUACCGUGCGCUAACGAGCACAAUCUGCAUCAUUUAGGGGCCGAGGUGCCAGGGGCCGCAGGAGGCAGCACAUCAUCUGCCAGGGAGCUAACCACGAUGACAAACCUGCAACAACUGCUGCGUGUGGAGCGGGCGAUGCGGCUUGCGGCGGAGCGACGCACAGUAGAGGAGAUGGAGCAUGGGGUGCGAGCCGCGAUCACCGUUGAGGCAAAUUACGGUUCCAGGCUCCUCUACUCCAUCCUUCUAGAGGCAAUCGCGUCCACCUCACCCGCGAGUACCGACACGUCGCCGUGGGGAGGCCACAGGAGUGAAACACAAUCUCAGUUUCCUGCCGCAGCUUCUUGCAGCAGGAGUGUCCCGCUUGUUCUGAGUGCGUCAGCGUCUGUUGCGGAUACCGCUAGUUACCGGAAACUUUUGGAGGAGAACCGCCAACUUAGGGAGGAAGUGCGGCGGUACAAGUCCAUCGACAUAGAGGACCGGUACGAAGUAAAUGAACUGCACCGAAAUAUGCAGGCUGUGAUUGACAGGCUGACACUUGAGCGUGACAGGUUGCACGCGGAGUUGGCUGAAAGGCAGUGGUGGCCUGAUGCGACGCUAACGGGGUCAUCGGAGCCUGGGAGGAUAUCGCCGAAGACUACAACCGAGCAGUCAUCGUGGCACUACACGCACAUAGUUGAUGCAACUGCAGUUAACAGUGAGGAGUCCCCCGAACACGCCUGUCGCCCACGGGUCCUACCGUUGCCAUGA